AUGAAAAGAAAGGGAAUUAAGACAGUUAUUAGAAAGUCUGUAAGAUUAAUGCUACAGAACAAGGAGGCUGCUGCUACAUCUGGAACACAAUCAUUGGUCAGUGAGAGUGAUGAUGAAUCUUUCAAUUCAACCCUGUCAUUCCAUAGUUGCAAGGAAGCAGCCUUGAAAAGCGAAAACCCUAAUUUUCUUUCGAGUUUCUCUUAUCCUCUAAAGUCUAAGCUGCGGCUCUGCCUCUGCAACAUCACCAUCGCCAUCGCCAUCGCCAUCUCCAUCGCCAUCGCCAUCGCCAUCACCAGCCGUGUACUCCACUUCAGUGGAGACUCCAGGUACUCCAUUUCUUUGAUACCAGUGAUUCCAGAUUUCCAGUGUAUUGAUCGCCCUUUCUGUAUUGAUUGUCUCUGUAUCACUAUAAUAGAUGAAAAUCAAUCACAAUGUAUGUCCAAAUCAGUGGCACAACCACAAAAUGAUUUUGGUAUGGAGUCAAAAAAUACAUUGAAUGUGGAUGAAGAAGGGUUCAUUAAUAAUAAUGUUGAUGGUAUUCCAAGUUCUUGCACAAAAGAUAAGGGAAGGAAAACAACCUCUGAGGCAUGGAAUUAUUUUGUAAGAGAGGAAGUAAAUGGUGUGACUAGAGCUGUUUGUAAGCAUUGUGGUGUUAGUCUAGUAACUGGUGGUAGUAGUGGAACUUCUCAUCUCUUGAAACACGCAAAGAAAGUUUGUUCAGGAAGACAUUUGAAUCUUGCACGUGGUCAAACAACUUUAAGAGUUAAGAAGGAAUGUGAUGGGUCAAGUUCUUUGGAAUAUAGUGGUAAAAGCAACCUUAAAGAGUUCGACCAAGAAUUUUCGAGAAAGGAAUUAGUUUCCAUGGUUAUCAUGCACGAGUAUCCAUUGUCUAUGGUGGAUCAUAUUGGGUUUAGGAGGUUUGUUGAAAGCCUUAAUUCCAAUUUUAAGAUGAUUUCUAGGUCCACAUUAAAGCGAGAUAUCAUGAAGAUGUUUAAAGAAGAAAAACUUUCUCUACAUAAAUUGCUCGAUCAUAAUGAAAGUAGAAUUGCAAUCACUACUGAUAUGUGGACUGCAACCAACCAGAAGAAGGGUUACAUGGUCAUAACUUCACAUUUUAUUGAUAAACAAUGGGUCUUACGAAAUCGCACCUUAAGGUUUUGCUAUGUGCCUUGUCCUCACACCGGAGGUGUUAUUGCAAAGGUAAUGAUGGAUUGUUUGUCUCAAUAUUGUUUAGAAAAUAAAAUAUCUGUUGUUGUUGUUGAUAAUGCCACUACUAAUGAUGCAAUGAUGAAGAUUUUAAUGAAUAAGUUUGAGAAAAGGUCUUUGAUGCUUGAGGGUGAUCUUUUGCAUUUACGUUGUAGUGCUCACAUAUUGAACCUAAUAGUUCAAGAUGGAUUAGGGGUUAUUAGUUCUGCGAUUGAAAAAGUUCGUGAUUGUGUGUCUUUUUGGAUGUCAACUCCUAAAAGAAUUGAAAAUUUUGAGGAGGCUUGUCGUUUUUUGGACUUAGUUAACAUUAAAAAACCUAGUCUUGAUUGUAAAACAAGAUGGAAUUCAACCUACUUGAUGCUUAAAAGUGUUUUGCCGUUUAAAGAUGUGUUUUCAAGGUUAAGGCGAGUGAAUAAAAAGAUGAAUUUUGUUGUUCCUAGUGAUAAGGAUUGGGAAUUAGUUGAGCUUGUUUGUGAUAAGUUAGAAAUUUUUUACAAUACAACUAAUGUUUUUUCUGGAAGAAAGUUUAUCACUAUCAAUCUUUUUUUCCGAAGGGUUUGUGAGAUUAAGCUUGCUAUGGGUAGGUGGUUACAAAGUGAUGUUGAAAUUAUUAGAUUGAUGACAGAAAAUAUGCUUGAAAAAUUUGACAAGUAUUGGGAAAAUAUGUGUGAACUUUUGGCUAUUGCUACUAUCUUAGACCCGAGAAAUAAAAUGGAUUGUGUGGAGUUUUAUUUUAGGAAGUUUUUUGAUGUUAAUGAGGUUGAUAUGCAAAUAGCAAGAGUUCGUAGGUGUCUUGAUAAUUUGGUUGUGGAAUAUCAAAGGAAAAGUGAUAUUGUGAAAAAUGUGAAUGAUGUUGGGCAAAGUAGGAAACGACCUGCACCAAGUUCUAUAGACAGUGCACAAGAUGAAUUUGCUCAAUCUAAGAGAACUAAGGUUAGAAAGGUGAAUAGGUGUGAAUUGGAUUUUUAUUUAGAAGAAGAACUGUUAUCGGAUGAUGAGGAUUUGGAUAUUCUUUAUUGGUGGAAAGUAAAUACGAAGUAUCCGACUUUGCAAAAGAUUGCGAAAGAUAUUCUUGCCAUUCUUGUUUCUUCCGUUGCUUCAGAAAGUGCUUUUAGUACCGGAGGAAGAGUUAUUAGCCCUCAUCGUUCAAGACUUCAUUCACAAACUGUGGAAGUAUUAAUGUGUUUACAAAAUUGGAUGAUGGAAGACAUAAAAGGUUCUUCGAAAGAUGCUUAUGCUUGCUCCACAGUAAUUGAUGAUUCGGAUGUUGAUGAAGAACAACAAAUAGAUGCGAUUCAACUAGAUCUUGAUGAAGUUGAAGAAGAUUGA